CAGACAUCCAGCAUCCACAACAGCCCAACAUCAGGGAGGAAGCUUUGAGAUUGUCACUUUUUCUGGUCAAACAGCGUAACAGGGGACCGUAUGACCAUCUGCUGCAACGAUGACUCAUGUGAAACGAUUCCAAAGUAUCCCCAUGUCUAAGUCAAUGAGGGGUUUGUGUAAAGAGGAGGACUACGCAUUUCUGGGAGCGUCAGGAAGCUCGAGCAGAGGUUCCCCGGAGGACCGGGGAGCUUUGGAGGAAAACUGGAAAGACACAAAGGUGGCGAGGGCCCGCCGGCGCUUGGAAUGGGAACAGCAGGAAAAAGAACGACUCAGAGCAAUAGAAGACAGCAAGAAGGAAAGAGAGCAGCAGUGGAGGACGCACAUAGCAGAAGUGACGUCCAGCCAGGAGAAGACUCUGCAGGACAGACGGACGAGACUCCGCGACUUCAGGGAGUUCCAGAGGAAGGUGUUGGCGGAGGAGGAGGGGAUGGAGGGCGCCGCCGUCCACCAGCUCGUCACCAGGAAGUAGACGCGUCCCAGGGCACCGGGGCAAAGGCGUGAAGGGUUUCUUUACGAGUCGUAGCUAUAACUGUGUGAUGUAAGCAUAAGGUUAGAAUGUACAAGUUUCCGUAUGGCGCUUCACUGAUGAGACAUGAAGCUAUUGUAUUCAUGUUAUGCUGACAAAAUAAAGAUGUGGCAAUAGAUCCAGUUUACAAGGUUUAUGAGCUUUCAAAAUACAGCAAACUAAACGUUUAUACCGUAUGUAUUUGUGUUUUCCAGGCACAUAAUUCCAUUUUAUAGCACUAUAAACGUGACGUCCAGCUGUUACUGUGUAUAUCAAACACAACUUAAAAGAGAUUUGACUUCAUAAUUUAACUCCUUGAAAUUGGGCCUCUGUCUCUUUAAGAAGCUCCUGCUCUUUCAGAACUCCAGAUAUGUUUUCAAUGAGCGAAUUACAUUAUAACAUGAUGGAAAGCUCAAAAAUGUCAGCCUUUACAACAACUGUUCAACUGUCACUUCCUUUCUUACUUCAGAAUAAAAGUCU